CGUUGCUGUGCUGCGGCUUGUUUUGUUCUUUGUUCUUUUUCAGGAAGUCUUUGAAUGCACUGGAUCCUGGGUUCUUCUGGCUGUGUGCGCCCCUGUCGCUCUUUUGACUUUCUUUGAGCCUGGUCUUUGUACCAUUGACGCGCCCUCAUCACGUUUGUCACUCCGUUUGGCACUCGGCAUGGCUCGCAUUUCCCUUCCCAACCAUUCGACGACUCCGUCUUCCUUUUCACCGGAACCCCAAUCUGAUAAAGAGAAUCGCCAGACCCUCAGUCGCAACCGGAAGAGGGAUCAAACACAGACGAUGGCUCAUCCUUCGAAUCCGAAACGCGUCCGGUUGGCAAGCCGGACUUCCAAUGCGGCGGGCAGUCAGUCGCAGGCCCAGCCAUCUCAGUAUAAUCGAGACAAGCAGUACUAUGAUCCGGAUCAGGAUGAGAAAGAGCGACGGCAGAUUCGCAAAGGGCUCCGGGACCUUGCGCGGGACCUUCAGGAUUCCAAAUCGGAGUACAUGCAAGCGGGGAACCACGGUAUCAAAAACACUAUCGAAAAGGCGAAUGUUUUUUUCCAAAAUGUCAAGCAGACCUCCGACGCCACGAUCGAUUCCCGUCUCUUGGUCAGUGCCGCCGAUCUAUCGUACAAGAAGACCGCACACCUUGUUCUGGGGGAUACUGCUACCGGGAUCGAUGUCGACGAGUUUGUCUCCAAAUGCAUCGCGUUCAUGCGCCAGGGCCCUGCAGACCAGGCCGCCCCGAGCACGCAGCGUCGACGUGGAGGACGCACCCAGGGUGACCCAAAUGACAGUGAUGAUGACCAGGGGGAUGCGAUGAACUGGGACUGGCUGGGCCGGGCAGCCUGCUUCCGUCAUAAUGCCCGCCCGGCGGUCUCCGGCUUCCUUCUGGGUCCGCUGUCGGUCCAGAAGCGCACCCGGCAGGUUGCGCAGCGACGAGCACGCGAGCGCAUCGACCCGUCGCAGGCGGUCCGUCCUCAGGAGCUCCGGGAAGAAGACCUAGAUGGGCAGAAGAGUACAAAUUUGACGACCAUGUGCGCCGACAUCAACAAGCUGCUGGCGACCACGCAAAAACAGGGCCAAGAUGAUGUGGAGGGGCAUCUGUCGCAGCUGGCGGAAGUCCCGCCGGACGAAGUGGUGCAAGAGUUCAUGGCCAAGCAUAACGUCGCAGAUGAUGGUGGGGUACCACUCUUCAACUUCUGCAUCAACCCGAAAUCGUUCGGACAGACCGUGGAGAAUUUGUUCUAUGUUAGCUUUCUGGUCCGGGAUGGCACGGUUGGUAUUGCAGCGGAUAGCCGUGCACUGCCUACGUUGCAUGCGGCAAAACCCUACGCCCCCAGUGAAGCCCAGAGGAUGGGAAUUCAAAAACACCAGUCGGUGUUUUGCUUAGACUUCGACACCUGGCAAGACUUGAUUGAUGCGUAUGAUAUCAAGGAGUGUAUAAUUCCACAUCGCCAAGAGGAGGAGGCGGCGAAGUCGGGACGGGGAUGGUAUGGUUAGAUGUGCUCAUUCCGUUGUGCUGUAAUGUGUGAUACCCUAAAUGACUC